UCGUGGCGACUGAACAUGGACGAGUUCUGCUUGCCUGCUACAAACAAGAGAUCUUAUCAUGGCGUUGUUUAUUACUGGAAGUCAUGGAGUAAGCUUUACAAAUGCAAAUUUUAUCAAUUUCUAGUUCUUGAAUAAGUAGUUCUUCUAUUGUUGAGAACCUUGAGUUUAGGAGGUGAAACUAAUGAGCGUUUAUAUCUUGGUGCUAGAGAGACAGAGAAAGGUUGCUACGUACUAUGAAAGGCAGAAAAGUCUUCUAAAAGGAUUCAAUGAGGUUGACUCCUACAAUGAACUGGGUAUUGUACCUGGACCUUUAACCGAGGAUGAAAAGAAGCAAGAGGCGUACCGUGAGAGACUGGCAAUAUAUGCAUCCAACAUAGCUAACAUGGUGAUCUUCGUUGCGAAAGUAUAUGCUUCAGUUGAGAGCAGAUCACUUGCAGUUAUAGCUUCAACACUAGAUUCCCUGUUGGAUCUUUUAUCAGGGUUUAUAUUAUGGUUUACAGCUAAUGCUAUGAGAAAGCCAAAUCAGUAUCGUUAUCCUAUCGGAAAGAAUCGAAUGCAACCAGUGGGAAUCGUCGUGUUUGCAUCCGUCAUGGCAACUCUUGGAAUACAAAUAUUACUUGAAUCAGCUCGAGAACUUAUUUCCAAGGCUCAACCAGAUAGAGAUCCAGAUAAAGUACGAUGGAUGGUCGGAAUAAUGGCAUCUGUGACAGUAGUGAAACUAUGCCUCACAGUAUACUGUCGCAGAUUCAAAAAUGAAAUUAUAAGAGCCUAUGCCCAGGACCAUUUCUUUGAUGUAAUUACAAAUACAAUUGGACUUGCGACUGCCCUUUUGGCUAUUAGAUUCUACUGGUGGCUUGAUCCCCUUGGGGCUAUCCUAAUAGCAUUGUACACAAUCAGCAACUGGUCAAAGACAGUAAUGGAAAAUGUAUGGUCGCUAAUAGGGAGGACUGCCCCGCCAGACUACUUGGCUAAGCUAACAUAUCUAGUCUGGAAUCAUCAUGAGGAAAUCAAAAACAUAGAUACAGUGAGAGCAUAUACCUUUGGAUGCAACUAUUUUGUGGAGGUGGACAUAGUGUUGCCUGGGGAAACGUCUCUUAGUCAAGCCCAUGACAUUGGAGAAACACUCCAAGAUAAACUUGAACAGCUUGAUGAGGUUGAUAGAGCUUUUGUUCAUGUGGAUCAUGAGUUCACUCAUAAGCCAGAGCACAAGCCUAAAGAUUCAUAGAAUGGUGAAUAACCAAUAUGUAUGUUGUAUGAAUUCCUGAAAGAGUGGUUUGAAUUGUGGUUCGCUGACUAUUCAAUUGUUUGAACUAUACAUAUGCUGUACACAAUUUUCAGAUUUCCAAUAAAAUGAAUCUGCCCUAUAAGGAUUAGCAUUUUUAAA